CCCGCUCCUGUCACCGCCUGCGUCAGAGCCCGGAGUUUUCCACUGACGGAAAAGGGCAGCGCGGGGCGGCGCAGCCCGGCCCGGCCCCGGCAGCGGAGCGGGAGGCGCCGCGCCAGGCACCGCCGCUGCAGCCGGAGCCGCCACCGCCGCCGCAGUUAUAUGACAAAAACAGCGUCACCAUGAGCGGAGUAUUGAAAAGGAAGUAUGAAGAGCUGGGAGAUGACAGCACCUACUGCUCCUCCUCCUCCUGCUCCCCCCUCUCCUCCUCAGCAUCCUCAGGCUGGGACACCGAUGAGGAGAAUUCCCGUGGAGAGCCCAAGCCCAGCUCUGCCUUAAUGUCCAGCUUCACCCCCACGUCAAUCCUGAAGAAAUCCAAGCGGCUAAAGAAGAACAAUGUGGAGUUUGACCGGGUCACUGUGUUUUACUUCCCACGCUGCCAGGGCUUCACGAGCGUGCCUAGCCGUGGGGGCUGUACCCUGGGCAUGGUGAGCAAACACAGCUCCUCCCGCCAGUUCACGCUGGCAGAGUUUUCAAAGGAGCAGGAAAACGUCCGUCGGGGCAAGCUUGAAGAGAAAUUAAAAGAGGAGAAGUUGGAAGCGUUGAAAUGGAAACUAACCAUGAACGGCACCAAGGAGUCGGAAGAGGCCAACCAGCUCACCAUCGAGGACAUCUCCGACGACGACAUCGACGUCAGCAACGUGGACCUGGAGGAUGGCUUCUUCCUGCAGCCCUACCCCGCCAAGAAGAGGCGGGCGCUGCUGAAGGCCGUGGGCGUGAAGAAGAUCGACAAGGAGGAGAAGCGGGAGCUGCACAACAUCCGCCUGUCCCGGGAGGACUGCGGCUGCGACUGCCGCGAGGUCUGCGACCCCGAGACCUGCAGCUGCAGCUUGGCAGGCAUUAAAUGUCAGAUGGAUCACACCUCCUUCCCCUGCGGCUGCACCAAGGAUGGCUGUGGCAACACUGAGGGCAGGAUCGAGUUCAACCAGGCCCGUGUGCAGACGCAUUUCAUCCACACCAUCAUGAAGCUGGAGCUGGAGAAGCAGCAGCAGAGCAGUGAGAAGGUGGUGGAGGCUGAGCCCCCUUUCCGGGAGCGGCUCCCUGCGCUGGGAUGCGCGGCAGGGAAGGGCUCGCUGGAGGAGCGCACGGUGCCGCUGGCACCUGCCUUCCAGUUCAGCCCUGAGCUGGAGGCCCUGGGGGAGAACAGCUGCAGCAGUGACAUGACAGACUCCUCCAUCUCCUCGCACCCCAGCGAGGACCUGGAGGAGCCCUACGAGAGCCUCCCCUCUGACAAAUCCCAGUCGGACGUCGACGACGACGGCUUGGCGCGCAUCCUCCACUUCAACGACUCGGACGCCGAGGAGGAGAGCAGGCGUGGCCAGGAUGACCUCGGCUGCUUCCAUCCCACUGACUUCUUCAUCGAGGACCACGGCAGCGAGGCCAAGCCCGUCCCUGGCCACUUGUCCCACCUCUCGGAGUGCCUGGAUGAGAAUGCCAACCAGGACAGCGGGGGUUUGCUGGAGGAUGCAGCCCAUGGGAGGUGCGAUGGGCUGUCCUGCUGCGCCCCCUCCUCUGCUGAGCCCUGCUCCAAGAGCUACGCCGACCUCAGCCUUUCCUCUGAUUCCUUGGAUUUCUUCCAGUCCUUCUCGGACUAUAACUUGGGACCCCUUUACAACUCCUUAAAGGAGUAUGAGAACCUGGAUAACUUCUCAGCGUUACAGUUUCAGUUGCCUAAUUUCCCUGGCUUCCCGCAAGCUGGAGAUCAGGGCUCCUGUUUCUUGGAGUCCCUCAUUGGUUUGUCUGAAUCCGUCCCUGAAACCCCGGCCCCUUUCACAGACAAUCAACUUUUGGAGGAUGCCAUCAAGUCAUCACUGAUGGAGACAGUGAAGGUGUGAAACACUGAUGUGGCUCAGGCAAGGACUGAUGCCAAAAGGAAAAUGGAGGAACAGUUGUACAGGCAAACUUUCUCUGAAAGGAUGGUGUGCUACUCAAAUAUAAGGAGGAAAAAACAGCAACAGCAGAAGACUUUCUAAGCAAAUGAACUAUUUUUGGUCUUUAUACAACAUGGACAUUUUGACAUACUGCAGCUACAAUCAGUUCUCUUGCUGUUUGUGCAAAAAUUUCUAAACUUUCAUGAUG